AUGUCUCCCUCAACCACCCGAACAGCCAGGACUCAAGAUGGCUACACCUGGACUCGCGCAACGGGGGUAGUCAAAGGCAACCUCCGUUGCAGAGGGGUCAUCGAGCCCUGCGACAACCGCACCGCUCCGGCAGGCCAUCUCUACGAUGUAAUUGUCAUUGGAGCGGGCUAUGCGGGUCUAAUCGCCGCCCGCGAUCUGGCAGAGCAGGGUCGAUCGGUGUUGCUGCUGGAAGCGCGUGAUCGUAUCGGUGGACGGACCUAUACGGUCGAGGAAGAUGGCCUCCUCUACGAAAUGGGCGGAACAUGGGUAACCCACCACAUGGCCUACCUCUUCAAGGAGAUGAUCCGCUACAAGAUGGACCGCGACCUCACACUCACCCACAGCCGGGAGUACGAGCACGACUACUACACCAUGAACGUCCCCGGCGCCACGCCGCGCAAGCUCACUCACGAAGAAAGCGGCCAGAUCGUCGCCAGGGCGUGGGACCUGUUCGUCAACGUCGAUGGCCAGAACUGCCGCCGCGUCUGCCCACUCCCGCACGCCCAGCUGGGCAACAUCCUCGUGCAGCGCGAGGAGGUGGAGCGGCUGGACCGCGUCUCCUGCCGGGAGCGGUUCGAAGAAAUCAAGCACCUGCUGACGGCCGAAGAGGCGGGGAUGCUCGUCGCCCUCCUGCUGCACAUCUCGGGCGGCAGCCUGGAGAACUCGAGUCUGUGGGAUAUGAUCCGCUCGCAUGCACUCAUGUCCUACAGCUCGGAGAACUUCACCCCGAUCUGGACGACCUUCAAGCUGCGCGAGGGCCAGUCCGAGCUGGCGCGACGGAUGUUCGACGAUGCAGUGGACCACGGCCUGCAGUACUGCUUCCGUACGGCGGUGCGGGCGAUCACUGACCGCGGCAAUUCGGUGCAAGUCACUACUACGUCGGGCACGAUCCAUCAAGCCCGUCGAGUCAUCAGUACGAUUCCCCUCAAUGUCCUCCGACAUGUCGAGUUCAGCCCCCCGCUUUCCCCAACCCGCAAGGAAGCAAUCAACCUCGGCCAUGUCAACUUUAUGACCAAGAUUCAUGCUGAGGUGGCUGGCCCCGGCCUGGCCUCGUGGAAUGGCAUGCGGUUUCCCAACUUGUUGAUGUUUGGGUACGGGGACGGGCUCACGGAGAGAGGGAAUGCCCACAUCGUGGGGUUCGGGAAGGAUGAGCGGGGAGAGUACAUCCCCGAGCGCGAUCCAGAGAAGACGAUUGAUGCUUUUCAGAAGUUGCAUCCGAUGGAGGUGAAGAAGAUGGUCUUUCACAACUGGUGUACCGAUCCGUGGUCGCAGGGCGGCCCCGCCUGGUGGCGUCCGCAGUACAUGUCCAAGUAUCAGGAUGAGCUGCAGUCUCGCCAUGGCAACGUGUUCUUCGCUUCAGCGGAUUGGGCGCAUGGAUGGAGAGCGGCGAUUGAUGGGGCUUUGGAGCAGGGGUCGUUGGCGGCGCAGGAGGCGGGUAAAGAGGUCAAGCAGUUGCUUCCACCGGUGGUCAGAGGGAGGAUCUAG